AUGGUUCUGGAAGCCGAAGACCUGCCCUCGUACAAGGACAUCCCACCCGUCCCGGGGAUGCCUCACGGUUGCGCGUGGGGCUUAUUCGACAAAGACGGCGUCAAGGACGAGCUGGGAACGCUGAACCUGCUGACGCCGAAGAAGGUUCUCCGUGCCAAAGAAGAGAUCCAGGCGGGAGUGAGUGUCUCGCUGAAGUAUUCACCUCUCUGGGACGUAUAUUUGAUAGGCGGUCCGCUGACAAGACUCCUUAGCUGGCCACUCGAGAACAUCCGCAACCCGGGACAUAAUCGGAAUCCCAUCAUACACAAGUUUCUGGACUUGAAGCCCGCGUUGGUGGGACAUGACGACGAAAUCACAAUCAAUACUCAGACCAGCAGCCAGUGGGAUGGGUUGCGACACUGGGCUUUUCAGGAGACUCAGCAAUACUAUAACGGACUGACCCACGAGGAAAUCAGUGGACCGAAUCCGAACUCCAGGAACGGAAUUCAAGAAUGGCUGAAACGAGGAGGUGUGACGGGUCGAGGGAUCCUACUUGACUACGUCGCAUGGGCGGAGCACAAAGGGAUCAAAUACAGGGCGGAUAGCAAGCACAAGAUCUGCGAGAAGGAUCUAGACGAGAUUGCGAAGUGGCAGAGAAGUGAAUUUCUGCCCGGCGAUAUCCUCUUUGUGCGCACGGGCUGGAUCAAGUGGUACAAUGAAGCCACUGACGAGGAGAGGGUGCAAGGCUGCAAGGUCAACCACAACUAUAUCGGAGUCGAGGGGACAGCAUCCUCGAUCGAAUGGCUGUGGAACCACCACUUUGCUGCCCUCGUCGGGGACAACAUGGCCUUUGAAGCCUGGCCAGCCGAGAUGCCGUACCGUAUCCACGACACCGCGCUCGGUCUGUGGGGAACACCAUUGGGGGAGCUGUGGGAUUUGGAAGCUUUGGCCGCCGAAUGCAAGAAACAGAAGAGGUGGACGUUCUUUGUGACAAGUGCACCACUGAACAUCGAAGGGGGCGUGGCGAGUCCACCAAAUGCGCUUGCUGUGCUGUGA